ACAAUUAUUCACUCAUUCUCUUUCUCCUCCAGAGGUCGUUUUUACAGCACAAAAACCAACCCUCCAUUGAGAAACACCUCUAUAUAUAGAUAGCACUCCUUCAUAAUACAUUACUCUCACACAGACACCACUAGUUCUCUGGUGUCUCCCCCUGCCCUCUCUCUCUGCAUAAAUUUCGUUCCCGAAAACAUCUCUCUCUUUUUCUCCCGUUUACGCCUACCAUGGCGGACCCAAGUCCAUUGCUUCCAGUUUCCAAUUCCUUAGAACCCAGCUAUAGUCCUGCCCCAGAAGGGGCCGUCUCAGCCGGAUGUCCGGCGACCCAUCUCCGACGAUCCAAGAAAGUACUCAUCGCGGUCUUCUCUGGGUUGCUUGUUGUUUCUUUGAUUUUAGCUACAAUUAAUAAUAACAAUGGAGGUCGACAUGUCCAAUAUCAUUCACAAGAAGACGAAGAUGCGUCCUUGGCUACGCCAAAAGAAAUGGCGAAACCCGAGACUUUGUUGCCAGCAGGAUAUUCACGUGGGGUAUCUGCCGGUGUGUCAGAGAAGGCCAACGUGAAUUUGAAGGGAGCUCAGGUGAAAGAUUAUCCGUGGAACAAUAGCAUGUUAUCAUGGCAAAGAACUGCUUUCCAUUUUCAACCUGAAGAGAAUUGGAUGAACGAUCCCAACGGUCCAUUGUAUUACAAAGGCUGGUACCACUUCUUCUACCAAUACAAUCCACAUGCUGCCGUGUGGGGCGACAUAGUCUGGGGCCAUGCUGUAUCAAAAGACUUGAUCCAUUGGCUCCACCUCCCAUUGGCGAUGGUUGCCGAUAAAUGGUACGACAAGAAUGGUGUCUGGACUGGCUCUGCCACAAUCCUCCCUGAUGGUAAGAUCGUCAUGCUAUACACUGGAUCCACUAAUGAGUCAGUCCAGGUACAAAAUCUUGCAUAUCCAGCAGACCACGAUGAUCCUCUCCUCCUCAAGUGGGUCAAAUACUCUGGCAAUCCUGUUUUAGUCCCGCCACCAGGUAUUGGUGCCAAGGACUUCCGUGACCCCACAACAGCCUGGAAAACUUCUGAAGGGAAGUGGCGCAUUAUAAUAGGAUCCAAAAUUAAUAAAACUGGCAUAGCUUUAGUCUAUGAUACUGAAGACUUCAUAAAUUAUGAGUUGUUAAGUGGAAUCCUUCACGGUGUCCCUAAAACUGGCAUGUGGGAAUGUGUGGACUUUUACCCUGUGUCGAAAACAGGUCAGAAUGGAUUGGAUACAUCUGUUAAUGGUCCUCAAGUGAAGCAUGUGAUCAAGACAAGCCUGGAUGAUGAUAGGCAUGAUUACUAUGCACUUGGGACUUAUGCUGACAAGGUUGGAAAAUGGUAUCCAGAUAAUCCAGAGAUCGAUGUUGGUAUUGGUAUCAGGUACGAUUAUGGCAUAUUCUAUGCCUCCAAGACAUUUUAUGAUCAGAGUAAAGGAAGGAGAGUGUUGUGGGGCUGGAUUGGAGAGUCUGAUAGUGAAGUCGCCGAUGUAAAGAAAGGAUGGGCAUCUCUUCAGGGCAUUCCAAGGACAGUUGUGUUGGAUACAAAGACAGGUAGCAAUCUGCUUCAAUGGCCAGUUGAAGAGGUAGAGAGCUUGAGAUUAAAAAGCAAGAAUUUUAACAACAUAGAGGUUAAGGCAGGGUCAGCUGUACCGCUUGAACUCGAUGGAGCCACACAGCUAGACAUCGUUGCUGAGUUUGAGUUAGACAGGAAGGCUAUAGAGAGAACAGCCGAAUCCAAUGUGGAGUUCAGCUGCAGCACCAAUGGUGGGGCUUCUCACCGCGGUGCAUUGGGACCAUUUGGCCUUCUAGUUCUUGCAGAUGACGAUCUCACCGAGUAUACUCCCGUAUACUUUUUUGUUGCCAAAGGAAAUAAUGGCAGCCUCAAAACUUUCUUCUGCACUGACCAGUCAAGGUCUUCUGUGGCCAACGACGUUAGAAAAGAAAUUUAUGGGAGCUAUGUUCCUGUAUUAGAGGGUGAAAAGUUAUCAGUUAGGAUAUUGGUGGAUCAUUCGAUAAUUGAAAGUUUUGCUCAAGGUGGUAGGACGUGCAUCACUUCCCGGGUUUAUCCGACGAGGGCAAUCUAUGGUUCUGCUAGGCUGUUUUUGUUCAACAAUGCUACUGAGGCUGGUGUCACUUCUUCACUCAAGAUAUGGAAUAUGAAUUCAGCAUUCAUACGCCCAUAUUCUAAUGAACAACAGUAGCAAUGCCUUCGAUAAAUUAAUCCAUUUUGUACGAUAGUCUUCUUUUUUACCACAUUUUGUAUAAAGUUCUCCACCUCAUGUAUUUCUUUUUCUGGCCAUCAGCUGGUGAGGAGGUGAAAUACUAUGAUUGUCUGCCAUUUAAAUUGACUUUGUCCUGGAGGCUUGGCAUGGUGAUUGUAGCCAUGCUCUUCAGAGCCCAUGAUUGAUUCGGUUUUCUCAUGCGUCAAGAAGCCACCAUAAGUGUAGAAUUGGCUUGCUAUUCUUGCUACUUGAAGUUGCACAUUAUUUAAAGGCAUCUAUAGUGUGUCUGGAAUAUUUAUUAGAUUAAA